AGAUUGGGCUGGAGACUUGGGGCCCAACCCAUGUUUUACAGAAAAAGUGUGCCGGGUACGAUUCCCGCUCCUCUACUCAGUUUGUGGCGCCACUUCUCUCCUCUCCCUUUCAUUUUCAAGCAUUUUCUCUCACCCCGCCAACGAAUCUACCGAUUUAGCGAGAGAGAGAGAGAGAGAGAGAGAGAGAGAGGAAGAGACGAAGAAGAAAUGUUUGGAAGGAUGAGACCUUCGUCUUCUUCGCUAGAUAGCCUUGAGAGGCCUCCUUCUAAAGUUUUCAAAGACGAUUCUCUCUCCAUCUAUGAGGCUACCCUUUUGAAGCUCAAACUGGGUGCAAAGAAUGACCACUCUGAAGCAGCAGCGGAGAUCCAAGGGAAUUGUGAUUCUCUGAGUCUUCCAGAAUAUGCCCCAAGCUCAGUCAGUUCAGGUAUAAUGAAAAAACAGGUAACCGUACCCAUCUCACCCAAUGAGGGGGCUAUGAUGGACGACACAGAUUGUUCUUCAGCCAAUAGUUCGCCAAGUUCCAGUGAUUACCAAUCUACAAGAAGCUUGAAAGAGCAUGGGAGCAGGAAUACGUUUGUCGCUUACCUGUUUUCCAAGUACAGGAGUCUGCAACAUUCACAAAGGUCAUCGUGCGAGGUGGCCAUGAUAAUAGGAAACGAUAAUUGUUUUGAGUCUGUGUAAUUAUAUGGAUGGCCACUAAUUAUCAGGCAUAUGCUUACUAUGCUGGCUGCACGUGGACAUGCGUCGCCAGAUUCUGUUCCCACAGGUUGGACGAGGCUAAUCAUGAAAUUUAAUAAGAAAGAAAAGUUUGUAAUAUUAUUUACCGACCUGUUAAGUAUUAUUAAUGUCUGAAAAUAAUAAUAUCUAAAAGUUAUAAUUAAUAGUUUAA